AUGUCGGGGCGCCUUGAGUUAGGAGGUUGGCCCGUGGAGAUCUCUGCUGGCCCGACAGCGGGGCCGGGAGGUAGGGUGGACUGGAGCGGGGAGGAAAGGUGUCCUCGAUCCGGGGUCCAGAAAGGUGGCCCGAUGAUCCUGCAGAGGGGCUUUAUGGAUGAUGAGCGCUUGGUCCCGUUUUUCAUUGCUCCCAUUUGGAUUUUUAUACCUUCAGGCCUCUCUACGACUUGGUCCCAGCAGUCCAGAUCACGACACAGGAGAAACUCAUGUUCCAGACAUGAAGACCGCAAGCCCUCCGAGCUGGCACCCAGCAACUUUCCCUCUGGCCAGGAGAUCAGGGAUUUCAGCAGCUGCUACAGUCACUGCCAGCCUCAAGUGUUCAGGACAGACCUGAUCACGGCGAUGAAACUUCAUGACUCCUACCAGCUGAACCCAGAUGAAUAUUAUGUGUUGGCAGACCCUUGGAGGCAGGAAUGGGAGAAGGGAGUCCAGGUGCCAGUGAGCCCAGGAACCAUACCAGAACCUGUGGCCAGGGUAAUGUCUGAGGAGAAAGCUCUCGUGUUCAUCAGGCCAAGGAAGUACAUCCUCUCCUCGGGCUCGGAACCUCCAGAGCUGGGCUAUGUAGACAUCCGUACGUUGGCAGACAGUGUAUGUCGCUAUGACCUCAAUGACAUGGACACUGCGUGGCUGGAACUGACCAACGAGGAGUUCAAGGAGAUGGGGAUGCCCGAGUUGGACGAGUACACCAUGGAGCGCGUGCUGGAGGAGUUUGAGCAGCGCUGCUACGACAACAUGAACCACGCCAUCGAGACCGAGGAGGGGCUCGGCAUCGAGUACGACGAGGACGUCGUCUGUGACGUGUGCCAGUCUCCCGACGGGGAGGACGGCAACGAGAUGGUCUUCUGCGACAAGUGCAACAUCUGUGUGCACCAGGCGUGCUAUGGAAUCCUAAAGGUGCCCGAAGGCAGCUGGCUGUGCCGGACGUGCGCCCUGGGAGUGCAGCCCAAAUGUCUGCUGUGUCCGAAGAAAGGGGGAGCUAUGAAGCCAACACGCAGUGGAACCAAGUGGGUCCAUGUCAGCUGUGCUCUGUGGAUACCAGAGGUGAGCAUCGGCAGCCCGGAGAAGAUGGAGCCCAUCACGAAGGUGUCUCACAUCCCAAGUAGUCGCUGGGCGCUGGUGUGCAGCCUCUGCAACGAGAAGAUCGGGGCUUCUAUCCAGUGCUCUGUCAAGAACUGCCGCACCGCCUUCCACGUGACCUGUGCUUUUGACCGCGGCCUCGAGAUGAAGACCAUCUUGGCGGAGAACGACGAAGUCAAGUUCAAGUCGUACUGCCCGAAGCACAGCUCCAGUAAGAAGUCGGAGGAGGAGAACCUGGGCGAGGGCCCCCCCCGGGAAAAUGGGGCUCAGGCCGCGUCCCCGCUGGGCCCCCUGGAGCCCUUCGACAGCCUCGAGCAGAACCAGGCAGAGGCGCACCGCGUGAGCGUGCGGAAGCAGAAGCUCCAGCAGCUGGAGGACGAGUUCUACACCUUCGUCAACCUUCUGGACGUGGCCAGGGCCGUGCGGCUGCCCGAGGAGGUGGUGGACUUCCUGUACCAGUACUGGAAGUUAAAGAGGAAGGUGAACUUCAACAAGCCCCUCAUCACCCCAAAGAAAGAUGAAGAGGACAAUCUAGCCAAACGGGAGCAGGACGUCUUGUUCCGGAGGCUACAGCUUUUCACUCACCUCCGGCAAGACUUGGAGAGGGUUCGGAAUCUCACGUACAUGGUGACUCGCAGGGAAAAGAUUAAACGGUCUGUGUGCAAGGUCCAAGAGCAGAUAUUCAAUCUUUACACUAAGCUUUUGGAACAAGAAAAACUUUCAGGUGUGCCUUCUUCCUCCUGCUCCUCCUCCUCCUUGGAAAGUACGCUGUUAUUCAAUAGCGCCCCGCCGGGGCCCGACGCCCCCAAGAUCGAGGACCUCAAGUGGCACUCGGCCUUCUUCAGGAAGCAGAUGGGCACCUCCUUGGUCCGCUCCCUGAAGAAGCCUCCCAAGAGAGAGCGGCCGCCCGGCGGGCCCCACGGCCCGGGCAAGGCCGAGCUCUCGGGCCCGAGGGAAGGGCCGGCCCUGCCGGAUGCCUUCUUGGACUUUGAAAAGACCUUCGCGGAAGCACACGUUAUGUCAGCACAACAGAAGAACGGCGCCGUCCUGGCGGACCACCAGAAGAGAAGGGACAAUCGCUCCCAGGGCGACGCCGGCAAGGGAGAGCCCAAAGGCUCCAGACCGAACCCCAAGCCCCUGAGGCCCGCCGACCUGGCCCAGAGGCAGUCGGAGAACAAAAGGGCCGGGAACCCCCCCGGGACGGGGCAGUCGGCGCCGGGCACCAGGAAGGACUUAGUGCCUAAAUGCAACGGGUCUCUGGUCAAACUAAACUGUAACCGGACCACCGUCAAAGUGCCUACCACCCCCGCGAGCCCGGUGAAGAACUGGGGGGGAUUCCGGAUUCCAAAGAAGGGCGAGAAGCAGCCGCGGGGAGACGACCCGGACGAGGCCUGCCGCCCGCACGCCGGCUACCCCUACUUGGGUCUGGGCAGAGCUUCGCCCAAGGACAGGGCCAAGAGCAAACUAAAGACGGACAGCGAGAACGACGGCUACAUCCCCGACGUGGAGAUGAGCGACUCGGAGAGCGAGGCGUCCGAGAAGAAGUGCAGGCAGCAGAGGCUCAGCGCCAACGGCCCCAUCGCCAGGAGGACGGACAUCAUCAGGAGAAGCAUCCUGGCCUCCUGA